AGAUCCCCUGUCUUCCUAUCACCGCCCCUUCCUCUUCCGCGCAGCCCGAGCCUCCUUUCGGAGCUGUUGCCAAACAGCCCUGAUCCGUGUUAAAACAUCUGCGUGGACCCCGGCGCUCUGAAGGCUGGCCGUCCCACCUCCCCGGGUCGGGAAUACUUUGCGAAGGAGAAGAUUUUGUGUCUUUCUUCUCCACUGGAAAUGGCCAAUACAGAAAAUUUUAAAACCCAAUAUUUUAAAGACAUUAUUCCAGUGCUCUGUAACAGAGCCAGACUGGUUUCCUAUCUCCCGGGAUUUUGCUCUUUAGUUAAAAGAGUUGUCAAUCCAAAAGCCUUUUCAACUGCAGGAUCGUCAGGUUCAGAUGAAUCUCAUGUGGCCACUGCCCCUCCAGAUAUAUGCUCUAGAACAGUGUGGCCUGAUGAAACUAUGGGACCAUUUGGACCUCAGGAUCAGAGAUUCCAGCUUCCUGGGAACAUAGGUUUUGAUUGUCACCUCAAUGGGACUGCAUCACAGAAGAAAAACCAGGUUCAUAAAACUUUGCCUGAUGUUCUGGCAGAACCUUUAUCAACUGAAAGACAUGAAUUUGUGAUGGCACAGUAUGUGAAUGAAUUUCAGGGUAAUGAUGGACCGGUUGAACAAGAAAUUAACAGUGCAGAAACUUAUUUUGAAAGUGCCAGAGUGGAGUGUGCAAUCCAGACAUGUCCAGAAUUGCUUCAAAGAGAUUUUGAGUCACUAUUUCCAGAAGUAGCUAAUAGCAAACUAAUGAUUCUGACUGUAACGCAGAAAACUAAGAAUGAUAUGACUGUUUGGAGUGAAGAGGUAGAACUUGAAAGAGAAAUGCUCUUAGAAAAGUUCAUUAAUGGUGCUAAGGAAAUCUGCUUUGCUCUUCGAGCUGAAGGCUAUUGGGCUGACUUUAUCGACCCAUCAUCUGGUUUGGCAUUUUUUGGACCAUAUACAAACAGCACUCUUUUUGAAACAGAUGAACGUUACCGAUAUUUAGGAUUUACUGUUGAUGAUCUUGGCUGCUGUAAAGUCAUCCGUCAUAGUCUCUGGGGUACCCAUGUGGUUGUAGGAAGUAUCUUCACUAAUGCAACACCAGAUAGCCAUAUUAUGAAGAAACUAAGUGGAAACUAGCAAUAAUGUCAUUUUAUUUGCUGCUUUAUUUGUUUGUUAUUGAUUGAAAAAUAUAAACUGUCAAAGACUACAAUUUUGGAAAUAUACUUAUUUCCAGGUAUUUAUUUCAAUGUUUAUGGAUUUACAACACUGGCAAGUGAUUUGGGAUUUUAAGAUUACAAAUGUUAAUUAUUCAUAUUGUCAUUGAGUAUAUGUGGAGCACUUCCACAUUGUACAAAUGUGGUAGUUAACACACGAUCAGGGUAUGAUUGGUCUCUUAUUAUUAGUUCUCCCCUUUAUUGAAAAAGCCUUAGUUUUAAUUAUUUUUUUCAAAAAAAAUCAUAUAUUUGGUUAUUAUGGCAUGUGUUCUUUUAUUGCAAUAUUUUAAAACUUAGUUCUUAAAUGAUUUUAAAGUAGCUACAGUUUAAUUUUCAAGUUGUUUUUAAUAAUACAAAUGAGAAUUCUACAUCCAUUGUAGACUUUUCUAAUUUUCUUUCUUCUUUAUUUGUUAAGCAUUCUCAAACUAAUCUAAAUAUUACUUUGAAAUAACAUGGGAGGAAAAAGAAUAAAGAUAAUACAUCUUGAUGUAUAAAAAAACAAAAAGCAUAUGAAUCUCAUUCUUAUACACACUUUAAAAAAAAAAAUUCUUAACUCCUGAGUUGGGCCAGAUAAAUACAUUGUAUUUUCAGAUAAAACUAUGCCUCUGCUGCUGAAUCACAUUUCUUCAGCCUCGUUACUUUAGUGCCUUUGUGACAGAACUUGUUUUUACAGCAUUAUAAACUUUAAAGGAAUCAUCUUUAAUUUGUAAGGCUUUGCCAAUAGAAAUAGACAAAUCUCAGGGAAAAAACAAUUUCUACCAACUGAAAUAAUUGAAAUAAACUUUAUAUUUUUCUUUGUAUUUUGUUUUUGUAAUUAAAUUUUUGUUUUUAAAAGGAGUACAUGGAGACCACCAACUUUGAUUUAAAACUCUUUGCUUAGUUAACUUGUAGCUUGAUAUAAUAACUAUUGCCUGCAAUUGAAACAGUAAAAGUUACAAAGUUUGUAUUCAUUAUGCGAAAAAUGUGGUGGUUUCCAUAACAUUUUGAAAACAAUUUAUUAAUGUGUGUAUGUAUAUAUACAUGUAUACAUGCAUAUACACAUGUAUAUGAUAAGCUUUCAUCUGUAACUAGCACCCAGUUAAAAACACCAAACAUCAAGUGCUCCAGAGGAUUAUCCUGCUGCCUUCCAGGCAUUUUACUUCUCCCAAAGAUAACCUCUAUUGCAUAAAUUGAUUUUUAUAUCUGAA